GGACACAUGAAGCUCUAAACCCUAGACUUCUGUUUCUUUACUGCAGGGCAGGCGCAAGUUCGCCAUCGCCGGACCACGCCCGUCACAGGGCCACCAGGGUCUAGGAGAAGUUUAGAAAUCAGCUUUCUGGUUCCGUUUGGCGAAACAGUCACAAGUUUUUUCUUCAGUGUAAUUUGAAAGUCGGCAGCGAUGAGAUUGGAGAAGUGCUGGUUCUGUUCUUCGACCAUAUACCCCGGCCAUGGCAUUCAAUUCGUCAGAAAUGACGCUAAGAUAUUUAGGUUUUGCCGGUCGAAAUGUCACAAGAAUUUUAAGAUGAAACGAAAUCCUCGUAAGGUGAAGUGGACAAAAGCGUAUAGAAAGCUUCAUGGAAAGGAACUCACACAGGAUGCUACGUUUGAGUUUGAGAGGAGGCGGAACAGGCCGGAGAGGUACAAUAGGGAAGUAGUUGAGCAGACGCUGAAGGCCAUGAAGAAGAUUGAUGAAGUGCGGGUGCAACGCGAGGCCAAAUUCUGGGAGAACAGGAUGAAAGACAAGAAAUCCAAGAGCAGGGCUGAAGCAGCGAGAGAGCUCGAGCAGGGCAUUCACUUGAUUAAGGCCCCAUCCGCCAUGCAAUCAGAACCUGGACUUACACUACCUAAACUUGCUCAGAAGACUAAGGUUAAGGUAUCUACGUCUAGCAAUGUUGAGAUGCAGGAAUAGAAGCCGAAAUUAGUGAACUGGUACGAUUUCACAGAUGGUGCAACCGUAGCAACUACGCUUCCAGAAACCUGCUGAUUUUGUAUGUUUACCGGUUCCAUUUGCAAUCUGUCUUUCUUCCACUUGCGUGUGCAUGUAUCCAUCGUGCCAGCAUCUGCACAGCACAGGGUAUCUAUUAGUGACUAAGUUUGCUUUUUAAGAGAAGCUUAGUUCUAAAUGUUUAAGGUACCUGGUUAGGGUAAAACUGGAUUUAUAUGUGACCUAAAGCAUAGUCCUGCUGGAGAGUGUGAGGCCAGUAGAUGGAUCAGAGAGCAUCAGUCUAGCUGUAUCUUGAUCACCGCAUGAAUUGCGUGUGCGUGAAUUUUGCUUUAAUUGUGGGUAUCCCAGUCGAGACUUACAGGCUGGUAUUGCUCUUGAAGGUUGGACAUGAAAAGGUUGAAUUUCACA